UGUUUGCAAACGCACGGGUCGUCCCAAAAGGUUUCGACAGAGCCCUGGCGAAAGCCUGCAUUUUGUAUUCCUCUACAUUUUUUUAACAUGACUGCAUGGUGUUCGAAAUUAACUGUCUAACCAUGUUUUCCCGGCACCGUUUCUACCUUGGAACUGAGGCCACGUAUAUCGCAAAUGAGAACGGGUGGGUCCGUAAUGUACAGUAGGAAAAUAACUGCUUUCUCGAGGUCCAGGUUGAGGCCUGCAUGUUAAAGAUCCAUUUCCUCCCAUCCUGAAAUUCAUCGUGAUGACUGAGGAUCAACAACAACAUGAUCAGCACCCGAAGCUGGGCUCUGGAAUAAGCACCUUACCAUCCCUAGUUCCUGGACUGCAAGGGACUGAGGCCAGUGCGUUGCAGCUCAAAAUAAAGAAUUCCAUCUGUAAAUCUGUACAGUCAAAGGUGGACAACAUUUUGCAAGAUGUGGAGACGUUUACAGACAUCGAGAAACUCUACCUCUACCUUAAGUUGCCUUCUGGUCCCAGCAACAGUGAAAAAAGGACUGAGAGAGGGUCUGCCAGUCCUGGAGAACUGUCAUGCAGUGAUCAGAGCUCCAUGUCAUCAAGCCGCACUCAACAGAUGCACGCGUUCAACUGGAUUCGCAGUCACCUAGAGGAAUACCCAGAAACCUCUCUGCCCAAACAGGAGGUCUAUGAUGAGUACAAGAGCUAUUGUGACAAUCUCUGCUACCACCCACUGAGUGCGGCGGACUUUGGAAAGAUCAUGAAAAAUGUAUUUCCAAACAUGAAGGCACGUCGACUUGGCAUGAGAGGCAAAUCAAAAUACUGCUAUAGUGGACUGAGGAAGAAAGCCUUUGUCCACAUGCCAUCUUUACCCAACCUGGAGUUACAUAAAACAGGGGACGGGUGUGAGGUGCUGGAGGCCUCAGGUCAGCUGUGCAGUGCGGAGGAGGAGGUGCGCUCUGCGGCCUGUGGCCUGGUGUGUGAGUGGGCCCAGAAGGUGCUGAGCCGCCAGUUUGAUGCUGUGGAGGACCUGGCUCGCUUCCUGCUCAACAGCCACUACAUCGGCACCAAAUCUGUGGCAGCCCUCACGGUCAUGACUGGUACACCAACAGGAGUUAAAACGCCACUGCCAUCCUCAGCAUUCGCACCAACAGCUGAAGCCCACUCCUUCCAGUCCCAAGUGAAGACCCUGCCCUCUCCCUCCAUCGAUGCCAAGCAGCAGCUCCAGCGGAAGAUCCAGAAGAAGCAGCAGGAGCAGAUGCUGCACUCCCCCCUCCCCGGAGAGGCUCAGGCCAGGCGGGCUGACGGGGGCACGCCUGGGGUCGGCUCCAUUACCUGUAGAAGCCCAGCCCUGCUCUCCCCACAUCCCACCAUUGGCAUUAUGGUAGCUGCAGUCCCCAGCCCCAUCACGGUACAAAGGAGCAGACAACUGAUGUCCCCCAGUCCUGUGGGAACAUCGGAGGGCAAGAUUCUGCCUGUCAACUUCCAAGUGGUGACCCAGUCAAUGCAGCCUGUCAAGUGUCCCAAGACCCCUCAGAAUAUCCCAGCCAGCCCUGUGGGGGACCGCUCUGCCCGCCACCGCUAUGCCCAGAUCCUGCCUAAACCCUCAGCCACCAGCGCCAUCACCCUGCGCUCUCCCCCCACCCUGCUCAUCACCAACAGCCCCAUCAAGACCGUGAUGCAGCCCACACCCCACAUCAGCUCUGUCAACGUGGUCAAGAUGACCACCAUAUCCCUGGCUCCCAACUGCAGCACUACAACAACCUUAACAAACACCACCUUAAGGCCUGCCUCUGCUGGCAUGGGCAGCACUGUAGCCCUGGAGGAGAGCAGACCCAGCCCACGGGCCAGGAGUGGCUCUGCAGCCCCCAUCCUGUCCCCCUUAGCCAGGUCAGGCUGGGCCACCACCACCCCUACCAUCGACAUCAAGAUGAUUGAGGGUGAAGCCAUAAGUGAAGGCAGUCUGGCCCUGGGUGCUAGCAGGCUUACUAUGACUCAGGAAGCUGCAGGGGGCCAGAGGGCUGGAGGAGCUGUACCAAGGGCUGCCAGUGUGCCCAUGCCUCACACUAAAGGCUCCCUGGGACUGGAGGCAAUGGCUGGAACCAAUUGCAAUGGCAAGUCCUCUUUGCGCAACAACACUGUGGCAGCUACAGCUGGUAGCAAUAAUAACACCAAUAACGAAAGUACUUUGUAUUUGACGGUCUCCAAUCAGAAUACCAGCACCACUCUGUCACCCAAUGGUGGCACUGUUGCCACAUCACUCAUCGCCUCCAAGAGCCCCAGGAAACGCCCAGGCGUCGGCCCAGAGUCUUAUCCCACGCCUGUCAAAAGGGUCUUCAUCUCCCAGCAACCUCUUGGGGGCUCCGAUGGUUACAGACAUGGGAUUGGUGCAGGAGUGAAGAAACUCCCCAGGACAGGAACCCCGGUCAGACCUGAAAGUGCACCAGCCAUUGGUAAAGUUACUGUGAAACUGAACUCCACUGUCCCAACUCGAAUCCUGUCACUCUCUGAUUCCCCCAUCGGAACCAGAGGCUUCCAGACUGUUGUCAAGCCACAGAGCUCCAUGCAGAGAAGAGACACUCCGAUCACCAUGGACACUAGCAGCAUCGGCAACGUUAGUGCCCCGGCUGGUCAUGCACGAAUUCAGCACCAGCAGCACAUGACGGGUAACAUGCAAGCCAUGCCCAACAGCUCUGCCCUACUGGAGCAGUCUGCUGUGAGUGACCUGAGGAACACCAUGUGGGUUGGGGGCCAGCUGGAGGGAGGUAAACUACAGCAGCAGCAGGCCUACGCCCAGCAGAUCACAGACCACAAGCAGGCAUCCACACAGGUCAUGGAGCCCCUGGCCAUGAUGGGCCAGGCCCCAGCCUCUAGCCAGCUCUCCAUGCAGACAAACAUGGACUACUUCCAUUUCAAUGAUGACGAUAUGACCCAGGACAGCAUUGUGGAGGAGCUGGUGCAGAUGGAGGAGCAGAUGAAGCUCAACAGCAGUCUGCAGGCCUUCGGAGCUGACGUGACGCUGCAAGGCCAUCAGUCUGUAAUGCAGGGCAACAUGAUGUCCUCCAACCAGACAAUGACCCCUUACUACCAAUCAGUACACAGCAGCACCACCCCUGUCCAAACUCCUACUCCAACUCCCACAUCCACCUCUGAGAUGAUGGGAGGAGGCCAGGGCCUGACUAGGGAGAGCCCCUGCUCCCACAUGGCCCCCACCACCCCAGUGGACAGUGCCCUGGGGAGCAGCCGACACACCCCCAUCGGCACUCCACACUCCAACUGCAGCGGUAGCGUGCCCCCCAGCCCUGUGGAGUGCAGGAACCCCUUUGCCUUCACUCCCAUUAACUCCAGCAUUACAGGCUACCACGACGGCAGCAUUGUCUCCAGCAGCCCCGUCAAGCCCAUGCAGAGGCCCAUGGCUACUCACCCAGACAAGGCCAAACUGGAGUGGAUGAACAAUGGUUACAACAAGAGCGGGGGGAACUCCAUCAACGGCAUCAGUAUCCUCCCCAGCUAUCAGGACCUGGUCGACGACCACUUCCGAAAGCCCCAUGCCUUCGCCAUCCCUGGCCAGUCCUAUCAGUCUCAGACGAGGCACCACGACGGACACUACGGCCGCCUGACACCCAUCUCUCCGGUGCAGCAGCAGGCAGCCAGUAUGGCCAACCUGAACAAGCAGGAGAGCUUCGCUGUGCCCGCCCCUCUGGACAACAAGACCACCAGUACAUCUUCAGCAGGCGGGACCUUCCGCUGUCGUAGUGUAAGCCCUGCCGUGCGCCAGCGAAACCUGAGUGGCAACCAGAGUGGCAACAUCCCCCGAACAGUGGUGUCCCCCUUCACCUCCCCCGUGACCCCCGAGAUGAUCAACAUCUUCGCCAACAGCCAUGGGGACGUCAGCAGCAUGGCACAGAGGAGCCAGUCUGUGCCUGUUAACGUGAUGAUGCAGACGGAGGUGCUGCCCAUGCAGGGCCAGACCAACAGCAAAAAGAUCACCAACGUGCUCCUGAGCAAGAUGGACGGGGACAGUGACGACGCGGUGCGGGGCCUGGGUAUCAACAACCUUCCGUCCAACUACACAGCCCGCAUGAACCUCACCCACAUCUUAGAGACCACUCCCAGCUUCCCCAGAAGUGCCAACCAUCAGACUCUGAUGACUUCCAACACUCAGAAUGCGUACGAGUUUCAGAAGCCUGGUUACCUCAUGAAGAACUCUAGGAACGAACAGAUGAUUCUCUCAGCAGGUGACAGCCAAGCACAAUCGGCUACUGGAGAACAGCAGCAUCAGCAGAGCCAGCCUAUGCUGCUGGCCCAGAACCUUCAGCAGCAACAACAACAGCUGCAGCUAGAUUUCAGCACCACCGUUAAAGACCUCUUAGCGGACGGCAGCCUUACUCCUGGCAAUCAGCUUGUGGGACAGGUGUCAGAACUCAACCCUGUGGGGUCUGAUUUUCGACUGACCUCUGAUCUUUCCAGUAGCAUCAAUGACCUGAACAAUUUGGACACAAACCUUCUGUUUGACCCCAAUCAGCAGCAGGGACAAUACGAAGACUCUACACUGGAAGAACUGAAGAAUGAUCCGCUGUUCCAGCAGAUUUGCAGCGAGACUGCGAAUUCCAAUGGAUUUGAUUGGCUGGAAAGUAAAGACCAGCCCACAGUCGGGUUAAUGGGUUAAUAUGGGCUCUGCUUUUAUUUCAUGAAGGUGAAAUGGUUUGUUUAUACCUAUUGUUUUGUAAAAAUCUUCUUUGUAAUUAUUUACAUUGACAUUGUAUAGCACACUGCAACACUCGGGAUACAAUGACUUUUGUCCAGUCAAAGUGCCAGGCUGAACAGAAAUGAUCACACUUACAAAUAUGCUGGUUUUCUCUCACAGCUCAUCGCUGGUGCUGACUCAUCCAUUUCUCCCUCUUCAGACAUCAUAGUUAUUCAAGACCAUUUAAAUCAAGACAGUAGAAUAACAAGUAUUUUUACAUUUUCAGAGAUGUUUGGUAAUCUUUAAGAGAUCUCUAUCUGUAGACUAUGAUUUUGGAUAAUGUUUUUGUUCAGGAGCUGUUGACUAAAACAAGAGGUUCGAGAGGGCAUUUGCAGUAGCAUGCACUGGUACUAAUGUUUCAGGUGCAAGACAAAUGUACCAAAAUCAAUCGAUGGUUAAAAAAAAUCCCCCAUAAUCUGUAAAUAAAAAUGUUUCGUUGGUCUACUUAAAGAACCAUGUUUUAUAUAUUUCCACACUGGUUGGAAUAAUACUGUGAAAAUGAUAAUGCCCUUUUAGUGUAGGAGCUGUUUGAAAAGACCGCCUAAAAUUUCAGCCUGUUUAGGUGAGAUGGAGUUUUGGCCUGCAUGGUGACAUCACCUGGCAGUAUAUGUAUUUAAUAGACCAAUAAGAAAGGGUUCCAAACCUUCUGCCAAUAACAGCUAGUUUUUAGGUUUCCCCUCCCUACUCAGUCCUAUUUCUUUCAAUUAAAUCACAAUAAGGUACUUCAUUUUUACCCAGAAAUAAAUUAUUUGAUAUUGAGAUAAAUUUAAAAAACGCUGUGUUUGACCUUUAACAUACAUUGUUUGCAAUGAUAUUGAGGCAAACUAGUUCCAUUCUCUCAGAAUUUGGAUUUUUACAAGUAGGAAAACGGCAGCUGUUUGAAAAAGAAUCUGUGUGACUACAGAAUAUUAUUCAAACUAUAGAUUUAAAGGUCAAGAUAUACUGUCUGUAUACUAAACUUGUCAGAAGAUGUCCGAUUGUCCGUUUUGCUGAAAUGUUAUGCAAACUUUACAAAUAAGAUAUUGACCACUCAAAUUGCAGUGUGCAUGGUACAAAAAAUGUAGGCUAUUAAAUCGAGAUUUGAAUGUACUAUGUCUUUCACCUUUUCAAAUUUCCCCUCAUGUCCCAGUAGUUAAUGCACUUUGGGUACAUUGAAACUGAGCGCAGGUAGCUGAAGAACAACAGAUGGUAUCUGUUAAUAUUGUCAUUUUUUAGGCUUGCUUCACCCACAUUUUGCCCUGAAUGCUGACAUUAUUACUGUAGUUGAGCUCCCCUGUCCUUCAUGUCGAAAGGAUUGCUUUGUUUAGAAUCGUAUAUGUUUAUAAGAAUUAAAACAAUCAUAAUAAAGACCUGUAAUGGGGAUAGCUUGCACUUUAGUGACUGCAGAACUAAAGGAAAUGGGCUUUAAGAUGGAGCUCAAAGGACAGUUAAAUAUUGUAUUUAAACCAUAUAAUGCAGAAGAUGACCCUUUUCACCUCUGUCAAGUUUUUUAAGACUUGUGUAGGGCACUAGUGGGGAGUUUUAUUUACGUUCUUUGUGACUAUUUGGCGGGUAUCAUUUUAAUUAACAGAAAUAUAUUGAUUUAAGUAAGGAAGUGGAGGAAUAUAUGAAAAGGAAUUUAACCUUAUAACACCCCUAUACCAAAGUGUAUUGACUGGAGAUGACCCUGCCCUGUUUCAGUCGUGUAUCUAUUUGGGGGAAAAUGACUAGUCAUUCUGGUUCUGAUUUAUUUUAACACUAUGCAUUUUUUACUUAUCAAAGCGGCUGCUACUGUCAAAGUAGGUUACUGCAGGUUUAUGUAAAUGUAUGUUGUUUUUCCCUUAAAAAAAAAAUUGUUUCAUGUUACAUACAUUCAGUAAAAAAUGUGAUGGAUAUGAAGUAAUUUAGAUUAAAUUAAAGUUAGUUUAGUUUAAUAUUAUGCCAUUAGAUAUUCAAAGUCCUUCCUAUAAAAAGGCACAAAAGUGCAUAUUUUACCGUCAUACAUCGAAAGCUAUUCCCCUUACAUUAGUCUAGAUCCAGUAGAAAAUACAGUAUUAUGGAAUACUGUAAUACAGAAUUACAUAAACAUUUGUAUAAAUUGUCAUUUUCUUCCCCUUGAAUAAUGUUCUUGUUGAGUUCAUUAAUCCACUGCAUUUUACUCUAACAGUGAAGGGACGUGUUUCACCUGGAAACAAAAAAAAGGCAUUUAGUGGUAAAGUAUGGGUCAUCUAUUACAGGUUUAAAUAGCUUAUAGUAUAGUGAAGAACUGUGUGUGAAUAAGGCAUGCAAAUCAUAAAGGGAAUAGCUAAUUGGCCAGAUCCUGUGGUUUUUAUGAGCUUUUAAUCUUCUGAGCCUUAUAUCCAUACCAAAGAGUAACGAAUUAGUGUGAGAAAAAAAGCAUUAAAUAGGAUUUUUUUAGAAGAACCCACAAAUAACCCAGUCAUUUGCCUAUUUGCCUGACAUCAGUCAAAUACCUUUAUAUGGCAAUUUGGAAUUGUCCUUCUUUCAGGUGGGAUGGUUGAAAAUAAUUUGAGGAAAUUGUGAAACUGGCAACUGAUCUGUAGCACUGGAAAACAUGCUGAAAACCACACUACUGUUCUGGUUUAUAAAAACCAAUGUAGCAGGACAAUAUUGGGGUUAAUUCAGUUGACUGUUGUAAGUGUUCCUCUCAUUUUGAAUCCCACAGUUUGUACAUAUGAAAGCUCUGACACUGUAUUGUUAUAACUUAAACUGGUUCUGUGCACCUGCACCCUCUGAAAUGCUAUAUUGGUGAUUUUGGAUCAGGAGCCAGCUAAACUGUGCUUGUGUGUUUGGCCGCUGGCGCCCUGCCCUUUCUUGUACAGAUAAUGCUGUGUUUGUUUUUUUCUUAGCUUGGUGUUUUUUUGUUUGCUUCCUGAGAUUUAUAUUGGUUGGCUUUUUACAGAAGACGUCUGCUUCGAGUGAGAAAAUAACAUGGUUAUUUAAUUUUUUUUUUUUUUUAAGUAUUAGAUAUUACCAGGUUGCAUAGCUAUCUUUCUCUGACAGAUUUUGUGCCCAGAACAUUGCAAUGGACAUCGGAAUGUCAUGGUUAAAAUUUCAACAAGCUUUGAAGGUUCAUGUUAUUGCACUAAACAUUUAAUGAACCAAGGCAUUGGCACCUCUUUUAGGACAAAUGCAUUAAUUGAAGCCACCCAAAUAUUUUUUUAAAGAGCUUAACUAAGUGAAAAAAUAAUUGAAAUGUCAAUCAAAAAAAUAUGAGAACGCUAAUUGUCUUGUGUAGCAAUGUACCUUAAUCUCAAUGAGAUACUUUUUUUUUUACUUCAUUCUCAUGAGAAUAUGAAACUCCAUUUAAAGAAACAUUUAAACAGAAAUAUCGUCAAAUAAAUCAUUCACCAUGUUAAUAAAUGAUAUGUGUGCAUGUUUGUAGAAUUCUAUUGUACAGAGUAUUUGUAACCACUUUGCUGUAAUUCAGGAUUGGUCCUGUCAAUCGGAACAGAAAGGUAUAGCGACUCACAAGUUACUUGCAUUGUUUGAUGUUUACUCAUUCAGAUUAAUAUUUGUUCUGUAUGUUCAGGUUUUGAAUCCGUUCUGUUUAUUUAGAUGUUUUAACUUUUUUUAUGUAACUCUGUGAAGAUUUAUUUUUUCUCUCCAGAAACCAUUGAAAAUAAGCACUGAUGUUUGUACUUAAAUGAAGACAAACCCUGUCUGUUCUUCUUUAAGUGCACAGGGGCAGCUGAGUCCUGUACUUUUCACAGACCUGGUAUAAAGUCCCUUUAACCCUUGUUGUUGUUGUCUAGUGUACAGCAGACCGUAGAGUAAUUUGAUAAAGUUGCUUUAGCGUUUCAGCAAAGUUUCAUCUGUCUUUUUUUAAUUGAAAGUGCUCAAGGAUGUUGAGAUUUUUUUAAGGGUUUUUAAAACCAAUAAAGUUUUUUUUUAAGUACUUGAAUAUCUUGGUUUCAAUUGUUGUUUUUCCACUCUACGUGCAUUUACAUUACCUUCACUUAGCUAGAAUCUUCUGGUUUGGUCCCACAAAGGUUUUAUCCCCAGAGCUGUGAUGAUUCAAAUAAAUAUGUAUUUACUUUACUGUUAAUCUCA